AAAAAAAACCGGCGCUGAUUUUAAACUUGAAGCCAACAUCCGCCAGGUGCGGCUCUGCUCUGCCGAGUGUGGAUCAAACCUGGCUUUUCUCCCACCUCGGGAGUGCUCUGGGUCUAUACAAUAGCACAGCCUCCACAUCUAACGUUGGCUGCCAUGGAGUCUGCAGUGGUGCAAGUGUGCCAGCACUUCCAAAGUCUCCGGUCCCAGGUGGACUCUCUCAAUGACAGCAUCGAGCCACAGUUUCUUCAAAUGGCUGUGAACUUUGAGGACUGCCGAAAGAAGUGGCAGCGGGCUGGCGAUGAGCUGCUUUCCUGCAAAGAGACGCUGGCUAAAGCGGAGACGGAGAGAGGCGCCCUGGAGGUCAGAUUGAAACAUGCACGCAACCAAGUGGAUGUGGAGAUCCGUCGCCGGCAGAAGGCCGAAGCGGUCUAUGAGAAGCUGGAGCGUCAGCUCCAGCUGAUCCGGGACCUGCUGAUCUCCGAGAACAACGGGAACAGUGUCCACCUGAGUGAAGAGCAGCGCUCUGCUUUGGCCUUCCUGAGCGCUCACUCCCAGGCCGCGCAGAACGCUAAAUCCAACAUUAACUCCAGCAGAAGGUUGAAUACAGUUGAUGAAUCAGCCUCUGUAUUGUCAGACAUCAGCUUUGAUCAAACCGACGAGUCUCUGGAAUGGGAUUCUUCUGUAAUGAAGACUGUAAGAUUGCAGAAACGUCAGAAACGACGAUCAUCCAGAAAACUGGAGCUUCCUCCACAGAUGCUGAAGAAACCUCGCUCCACUGGACGCCCGUCAGACAGAAUGAAUGAGUCCAUAAUUGCCAAAACCACCAUCACUUUGCCCGUGAAUGGCGGCGCUGUGGAGGCGGUCUCCACUGUUGAAAGAGUCCAAUACUGCACACGCAGCAGGAAGAGCGUUGCUCAAGCCUUGCCUGAAACAGCCUCUAUUGAACUAUCGGAGACCAACAGUGAAGCCGCACCAGCCUCACAUCUCCCCGCCCUACUGAAAACCCCCAAAGCCAAAGCCGGAGGGAAGCAACAUCAGUUUGUCAGCAAAACUGUGAUCAAAUCGGAGUUCUGUGCACCAUGUGGAAGGAGGACCAAGUUUGGCAAGAUAUGUCUUCGCUGUCAGGAUUGCAGGAUGGUGACCCAUCCCGAGUGUCGUGACGCUUGCCGCCUUCCUUGUAAUCCUGUAGCCGUCAACACUCCCAUCGGGACUGCAGAGAGCACCCUGGACGACUUUGCCCCCGUCACCUCUCCAAGGAUCCCAGCUUUGGUCAUCUACUGCAUCAAAGAGAUCGAACACAGGGGGCUUCAUGAGGUUGGCCUGUACAGAAUCUCUGGCCAGGAGCGUCAGGUGAAAGAACUGAAAGAGAAGCUGAUAAGGGGAAAGACCCUGCCACCACUUAGCAAAGUAGAAGACAUCAAUGUCAUCACGGGUGUUCUCAAAGACUUCCUCAGGAACCUCCCGGAGCCGCUGCUCACCUUCCGCCUGACCAAAGUCUUCAUGGAGGCAGCUGAAAUCCAGGAUGAAGGUAACAGUCUUGCCAUGUUGUACCAGACCAUCAGUGGGCUCCCACAACCCAACCGAGACACUCUGGCCUGUCUGAUGAUUCACCUCCAGAAGGUGUCUAAAAGUGUGGACACAAAGAUGGACGUGACCAACCUGGCCAGGGUGUUUGGACCUACCCUCGUGGGCCAUGCCAUUCCCAACCCGGACCCCAUGACUAUCUUAAAUGACACUCCCAGACAACCAAGAGUAGUUGAGCGCUUCCUCAGUAUCCUGGCAAGCUACUGGGGCCAGUAUGCUUAUCCAGAUAAUCUCGAGUCCGACAAUGCCCACCUGACUGAGACGCCGAAUCUCAAAGUAAGCAUUCUAGGACCAGUGACCACUCCUGAGCACCAGAUGAUGAACAAGACCCCGUCCUCCAGCUCACUGUCACAGCGUAUGAUGCAGACCCUCUCCAGCACAACCCUAUUCACAAGCAAGAGCAAAGGAUCUGCUAACGCCCGUGGAAACUUUUUCGAGUCUCCACAGCUGAAUUAACUGGAAUUGAGUGAGACGGUCAUAAUGUUUGAUGAGCUGCAAUAAUAAGCUCCGUUUCUACGCAUAUACGAGUCAAACUAAUGUGCAAUUUCUGCAUGAUUAAUGUACUUUUCCACUUUUUUUUUUCCCUAACCCAAGAGAAUCCGUGCACAUGAAGAAUAUUUAUAUCUGUGAUUACUAAUCAGUUUCUGGACCAAAACUAUGCUAUCUGCUAAGAUGUUCUUAAGCGGCGUCAGUGCUUUGAUGACCAAGCAACCGCACAGUCCACCCAUCCUAAGUACCUCGUCUCGCGUGCUGGACAAUUACCGUCCUCCACGGAGGAAUCUGUGGUUCUCACCACAGCAUCCAUGAUGGCAAUUAUGGGAGACGGCGCUGGGCGGAAGGGAGAAAUAAAAAGGGGAAGGCGUGGGAUGCUUGGUCAUCGUGCUGGAACACAUUUUUUAUAGCUUUCAAACGACAUAUUCAUUGUGUUGUGUAGAAAGGCAUUUUUAGCAAUGUAUUUAAUGAUGACACUUGGGAAUGACGCAGUAUUUUUGCACUGACUAGAGCUUGGCUAUGACUACUCACCACUAGAGGCUGCUGUUGUAUCACUUUUAACACUAACACAGCUAUGAUUCUUCUCAUUGAAAACGGGGCACGGCAAUAUCACUUUUUACACUACUGUUUCUAAAAGUAUUUUAUGUUUUAAUGCCAACCUGUGCCUUUUUUCAUGUUCUGUGGUUUUCAAGUGAAAUGUUGAUUUUUUUUUUUUUCCCCCUCAGUUCUGAUGUUUGGUAUAGUCAAACAUAUUUUUGGGGCUAGAUUUCCUUCCUGUUUCAAGAGCCUUAACUGGUUGAAUGAGGUGUUGGAUCAGGGAGGGACUGGUUCAUGUCUUCUGUCCUUGCAAUUGGAUUCCACUGGAGCUAAAAAACAUACAAUUGUGCUUGAAAUAAAGCAUCAAAUAGUU